UUGGCGCUCUCCAGCGUGCGCGGCAUCGUGACGCCCGACGCGCCGUCCGACCCCACGCCUAGCGCAUCCGCUGACGCCCCGCAGCGCAUCGCAGAGCCGGACGAGCCCAAGGCGGACACGGAGCUGGCGGACGAGGACGUGGACCCGCUGCUGGACGUCCCCAGCGGCCUCUUCGAGGUGGUGGACGCCGACAGCGUGGACAACCGCAAGCGCCAGAACUACGCGUCGCUGGACGCCGGCGCCACGAUCCUGGACGCCGCGCCGGACACCAAGAGCCCCACGAACCUGCUGGUGCCUGACAAGGACCGGUACAUGCUGACGCCGUGCUCCAACCCCAGAAAGUGGGUCGUCAUCAGUCUAUCGGAGGAUGUGCACGCAGACGCGAUUGCCAUCGCCAACUACGAGAAGUUCUCGUCGCCAGUCAAGGACUUUAUCGUGCUGGGCAGCGUCAACUACCCCACGGACACGUGGCUCGUGCUCGGCAACUUUACGGCUGCGCACUCGAAUGGGGAGCAGAUUUUCCAGCUGGACGCGCAGCAGCACGUGCGGUACAUCAAGUUCCGCUUCCUGUCGCACUAUGGAUCGGAGUAUUACUGCACGCUCAGCCAGCUACGGGUAUUCGGCCGGACGUUCACUCAAGUGAUUUCUCAGUUGGAGAAGAGCAUCGAUGCUGAAGUGGAGGCUCUCGAUGCGCAGGCUGCAAUCCCAGCCCCGCAGCUGUCCGCUCUACCUGACAGCGCUGAGAUCUCUGUGCCCCGCAUCCCAGACCCGACGGAGCUCACGAGUCAAUGCUUGAUGGAGAAAAAUAACACAGUCGUGGCUGUGUUUUACGACGAACCCCAACGGAUCGAGCAUUAUCGGAGCCACGGGAUGUGCUGCCUAGUCGACUAUACUCCGGAGAAAAUCGAGGCAGAGGUUGCUGCGAAUUUAAUCACAAACGAGCACGCAGCUUCAACAACUGCCGACCCCAUCGACGCGGACGUUGUCGACGGUGCAUCGCUGUCCUCUGGCUCAUCAUUACAUAAUGGCGCAUCCGCAAACACCAGCGCGUCGGUCAACGGUUCCAGUGCUAACGCAACAGCCCCGAGUAGCGCGGCAACGCCAGCUUCCUUACUGCCUGCAGCUCAUAAUGCUGCAGCAACUUCUACGCAAGGUCUCGGACGAUUGGAGAGCAUUUUCGUGCGAAUUACGAAAAAGAUUCAAGCCUUGGAAGUAAACCAGAGCGUCAUGGGACGACAACUGGAGGAAUUUCAUACACACCAGUGGGCAGCGAUUAAAAUGCUGCAGGCGAACCAAGAGUCCUUGAAUGAGCAGCUCAAGGAGAUCCGAACUAUGAUCAUUGAUCUGAACGAGAUCCUGAUCGUGCGCGAGGUCAUCACAACCAUGAAGGCAGGCAUCCUCUGUGCCAUUGUCCUGUCAGGCUUUAUCAUCCUGUUCUACCUGCUCCGGCUUCUGUUUCGCUGCGUGUCGAAGUGCAAGGAGCGCGCUGAUCUUCGGGAGUGGUUCUGGCGCAUGGAGAACGAAGAAAGCAACGCCGACGAGGCCGUCAAGAAUAUCCCGAGCGUCGACAUGGUUGCUGGCGCGCUGCGCGUGAAUCGAAAAGCCCAGUUCGGCUCGUCCUGGGACGACUCGGCCAUCGAGCGGAAGACCCUUGUCAGCGACAUGGUCGGCGACGGCCCGCAGAAGUUCCGUCGCCACAAGGCGAAAAGGUCGAGUCAGCCGUCCACGUCGCUGAAGCGCUCAAGGAAG